CAAAGGAAGGAGUACAACGCAGCAGCUGAUUGGUGGUCAUUGGGCGUUGUCAUCUACGAAAUGGCCACCAACAUUCUUCCAUUUUUCAGCGGGCAAUCGGUAGUCUAUGAGGAGCCCAUAUAUUUCAGAUGUCGCAGUACAGAAAUGGUGGAUCUCCUGCAAGCGCUACUUAAGAAAGACCAACAUCAACGCCUUGGCACCACUGGGAAGAUCAGGGAGCACCCUUUCUAUGGAUCUAUCGAUUGGGUGAAACUGGAAGAACGCACAGUAACAUCACCUUUCAUGCCCAUGGUGUGUUCAUUUGAGGACUUCAGUGACUCCACUGGAGAAUCCUCAUCAUUUGUGUCAGUUCCCAGUGAAGACGACAGCAAUAACACCGUCCUUGAAGGGUUCUCUUUCCUGGAUCCCAGUGGGCAGGAGUAAGUGUUGGCUGCAAUAGGACAUCCAUGGCAGUCAGCUAUAGACAUCGGCACCAUUUCUGAAUAACCUUUACACUGCUAUGUGGAAGCUA